GGUAAGACAUUAUAAAUCGAUCGCCGAGGCCGCUCCUUCUCGUUUCUUUCCGAACGCCAACGCUCGACAGACCGUCGUCCCUUUGGAGAGAUGGCAACAACUGUGAAGCUGAACACGGGCGCUGAAAUGCCCAUUGUUGGACUCGGGACAUGGAAGUCUCCCACUGGUAAGGUUACAGAAGCCGUGAAAGCAGCGAUCUCAGCUGGUUACAGGCACAUCGAUGGAGCGUACGUAUACAAGAACGAGGCAGAGGUUGGCGAUGGAGUUCGUGCCAUGAUCAAGGAUGGCGUGGUCAAGAGAGAGGAUCUUUUCAUAGUUAGCAAGCUCUGGUGCACUUUCCAUGAGAAGUCCCGGGUGAGAGAAGCUUGUGAGAAGACUCUGAGUGAUCUUAAACUAGAUUACUUGGACCUCUAUCUGGUGCACUGGCCCAUGGGUUUAAAGCCUGGCGAUGACUUGUUUCCUCUGGACAGCACAGGACAGAUGAUCAGUGAUAAUACCCACUUCUUAGAAACAUGGGAGGGGAUGGAGGAGCUGGUGGAUGCUGGUUUGGUCAAAGCUAUUGGGAUUUCCAACUUUAACAAGAAUCAGAUCGAAGCUAUUCUCAACAAACCAGGCCUCAAGUACAAACCUGCCAACAACCAGGUGGAGUGCCACCCAUACCUCACCCAGGAGAAGCUGAUCAACUACUGCCACUCUAAGGGGAUCUCUGUGACUGCCUACAGCCCCCUGGGAUCCCCUGACAGGCCCUGGGCUAAACCAGAGGACCCCACACUUCUGGAAGAGCCAAAGAUUAAGGCCAUUGCUGAGAAGCAUAAGAAGUCACCUGCUCAGGUCCUGAUCCGCUUUCACAUCCAAAGAAAUGUGAUUGUGAUCCCCAAAUCGAUCACGCCUCAGCGCAUUCAAGAGAAUUUCCAGGUGUUUGACUUUGAGCUGAGUGAGGAGGAAAUGAAAACCAUAUUAGGAUUCAACAGGAACUGGAGAGCCUGUCCCAUGCAAUUGGCCACAAAGCACAAGGACUUCCCUUUUAACGCUGAAUUCUGAAAUGACAUUUGCCGGUUUUCCACGAUUAUUGUUGGUGUGCUCUUUUGGUUGCUGUCGUUGGUUAAAGCACUUUGUAUGUUUUUUAUAUUACACUCCUGCUCAUCUUCAGCUCUGAGUGUUGAAUGGCUCAGUUAAAGGUUUGUGAGGUUUUAUCUAAUUUGGACAAAAAGACACCUUGUGUUUGUUCUGUCUUUCAUAAUGUAAGCAUACUCAAUUAUUAGGGAAUAAUUGAACUGCUACGACAUUCUGGACAAUGGAGUUACUGGUACUUGUCACAAAGGUGACUAUAGUUAGAAUUUAUUGUGUGCAUGUGAUUGGUGCUGUUUUGACCUUUUUUUUUUCACUACUACUGUUCCGUGAUCUCAGUCUUUGUAGUUACCUGUACAUUAACUAAUGUGAGAGUUUAGUUAUUUGAGCAAGCGGCCUUGCAUUGGUUAGUGGGGUAAUGCUGCCCUCUAGUGGUUAAAAACAGUACCAACUGAAGCAGCACAGUUUAGACAACAGGUUAGAAUAGCAAAAUCCUACACACUGCACAUUCUUGGGUUAUAUUACAGCUUCAAAAAACACGAUUUAUUUGUUACUUUGUUUUGGUUUUUCUUUUAGCUCAUGUUUACUACUGUUGACUGUGGAACGGCUAAUAAAUAUUCUCAUAAAAAUAUUAAAA